AAGCUCAUUCUGGACUACCCGCGAGACGUUGGAAAUCUUUUGGCUCAGUAUAAUGAAUUCAGCGGCUUGUUUUGGUAUACUGGCAUUAUUGCUGUUCCAUGAAGUACACGGAAUGUUUCUGGAUUCGGAAUGUGAAAACUACACUCCUUAUAAAAAUCUAUAUGCACCUUGGAUGGCAUUGAUUGUAUCAAACCAACAAAGUUGCACGGGAACUCUUGUUAACAAAAAUUACGUGUUAACAGUAGUAAGCUGCGUAUUAAAUCAAAACCAGAGAAUCGUUCGCUUCGGGAGUGCUUACGGAAGCUACAAAGAUUAUUACGUAAAAGAAGUCUACAUUCCCAAUCUUUACAACAAAAAUGAUAUAGCUCUGGUCAAACUAAACGAGACUGUGGUUCACAUAAAACCGAUAUGCAUUUGGUUAAACGACGGCUUGACAUUGGAAAGCAACAUCACUUUUAAAACCACCAACUGGGGCGCUAGUGGAAGUACAAGAACGAAAAGCAUUAACAAAUUUGAAAAUAGAAAGUGCUCCAAUUCCUUUGGUGUAUACCCCGAUCAUACUCAGAUCUGCGCUGGCUAUAGUAAUACAGACAAAUGUGCCGAGCUCGGAAGUCCUUGGUCUUUGAAAUGCUACCCAAUUUUUAUACACUAAUUGGAAUUCAGAGCCAUGGAGUUUUGGGAACUUGUUUGUAUACCAAUAUUAAAAGGUAUUUCGACUGGAUAGUGGGAGUCGUGUUGGAGGUCGAUAUCAUAGUUAAUACUUUAUAUGAAAUGUAAUAAAAUGUUAAUAACCAGAGAUUAAAAAACAAUAUGCCAUAAAUUAUUUCUAAGCUACAAAAAAGGUUAAACUUAGUAGGUGAUCCUAGAGCAUUUCGUUUAUAGGCAAAAAAGCAUCGGUCGAAAAUAUAAGAAGCAAUAUUUUAUGUACCAGUGCAUAUAAACUGAUAAGGCUUCUAUUUUAAAUGUUGAACUAAUCAUGAGGUUGUUCAGUUUUUGGAAAGCUGAGUUCUUGGAAUGAUGUAUUCCGCUGUUUGUUUUACUGUAUUCUUAUGGAUUCUGCUUCACCGGGGAUCGGCACAGCUGCUUGAUGUAAACUGCGGUACAGUUUCUCAUCAUGAUGAGCAUUUGAUCUCCGGCAGCCCCUGGAUGGCAUUGAUUAUAUUACCCAAUAAAACCUGCAGUGGCACUCUGAUAUAUAAGCAAUUUGUCAUAACAUCAGCUAAUUGUUUGGUUGAUCAAAACGAUUCAUCGUCAACUUUGUGGCUGCCCUCCAACAUCACCAUUCGUUUGGGGAAUUUAAAGAGCCUUAAGCUGAAAAAUAUUAGCGAUGAAUAUCCACCUAAGAACUACUACGUCCAAAGUGCAUAUGUUCAUAGUCUCUAUGACAAAAGUAAUUCUAAUAAUGAUAUUGCACUGCUCGAACUAGAAGAAGAUGUGCUCUAUAAAGCCAACAUUAAGCCAAUAUGCAUUUGGUUAGACGACAUCGAUUUAAAAGUAUUUAAACACUUUAGCACCACCCUUUGGUACGUAGAUAAAAAUGAAAACCAUUCAAAAUCCAGGACAAACACAAUUACCCACUUCCAUCCAUCAAAGUGCAUAAAUGCCUUAAAAAUGUCACCCCAGAACACUAUGAUUUGUGCUGGCUACAAAAACGAAAACAUCGGCGUGGAAUCUGGAAGUCCUUUGAUUAAUUAUAUCCGCUAUUAUAAUAACACACUUUUCACACUUUUUGGAAUACAAAGUUAUGGCGAUUUGGGAACGUUUAUAUAUACCGAUGUCACCAACUACAUUGACUGGAUAGUGGGAAUCAUUCUAGAGGUUGAUGUCGUAGUAAAUACAAGGACGCCUUUUUUUUAGACUCUUAGA